AUGGACUUCUGGGUAAGGCUUCUCGGCGGCUCGUCCCAGAAGAAGAAGCAGGUCGCGCCAAAUAACCCCCAACAGCGGCUGGCACGCUUCCGACAGCGAUACAACCAAGUACUGCAAGCAUGGCAACGGUCCACGAACCUCUCGAGCGACCGCGAGGCCCUGGGAAAUAUCCGUCGUGGCUUCCAGGCCCUCACCGCGAUACUCAACGAUGAGUCCCGAUCUCCGGCACCCCACAUGUGCCUCCAGUUUGCUGCCGCCCAGCAGAUAUACACGGCAGUAUCCAAGAUCGCAGCUACGGCACACGAUGAAGGCACCGUUAGGGACGCCGUCGCAUUCUACAACGCCCUCAUCGAUAGUGAAGAGGAGGACUUUCUCGAGAAUGAUGUCUUUGCGGCGUCCCUCAUGAACUUCAUCGACCGGACAAUCGGAUCAGGCAGCAUAGGCAUCGGCGAUGACAUCGAAGCCGACAUCGUCGAGCUGCUGUUUGGUAUCGCGGCCAAGAUCAGGCUCCAGCCAGAGAUACUGCAUGUCUGGUUCACCACGGCAUCGGCGGAUAGCGCGGGACGUCUGCCCAACCAGAAAACCGAUUUUGCCGGCGUCACGCAAAAGGAGGACUUUCCCUUGUGCUAUCAGCUCAUCGAUCAUGUCCAUCACGAGGGCCGUAUCGGAGACUUUGCGCGCACCGGCUUGCUGUACAUCUUCGAGUCUGCGUCUAGAUCUAUGAACCUGGAGCAGUGGAUUGUCAACAGUGACCUCCCUACGCUCAUGGCAACCGGACUGGGGGCACUCUACAGCCAGAUGAGCAGGAAGCUAUCAAUCCUGCAUCCCCCGCAUGACCUGCCUCUGAUAUUGUCUCUCUCCGACUACACUGAAAUGCAGCCUAAUCCACAGGCCGAAAACUUCUUUAGUGUUGAUUUCCAGGGUCAUCUUCUUACAUUCCUCUCUUACCUUGCGUUCUGGCAAGAUGUAUUGGAGCAUUGCAGAUCCGUAGACGUCAGGGUCACACUGAUUGAUCACUUCCAGGCCCUGUUCCUCCAGCAGCUCUUGUAUCCUUCGCUGCUGGAAUCAUCCGAUGCCGAUGGCGGCUCUUCGGUGGCUGUGCUUACAUACCUCCGUCAUAUACUGGACGCUCUCGACCAUCCAGAACUGGUGCAUAUGAUGCUUCAGUAUCUGCUAGCGCUAUUGGAUUAUGGCGCUUCGACAGCUCCUCGUUCGCCCGCUGCUGUCAAACGACGCCAGUCGCUCAUGCUUCUGAGUGCUGCGGAAAAAGACGAAGACAAGUUCAACCCAUCACUGUUCAAUCUGGUCGAUCUUGUGCUGGGUAGCACGGCCUCACGAAACCCCCAGACGGUUAUCGCAGCAUUGAAACUGACGACAGUGGUACUCAGUAAGACUCACGGAUACGCGCUAGGAUCUCUUGUAAAAGUGCUGAACCUUCACCACAAAGACCAUAACAGGACAAUCGGUUCGUUGAACAAGGAACUUGAACUCUACCUUGGCAUUGCCGUAGACUUUGCUGGUCUUGAAGGCGUUGACGAAGCCUACGACUGCUAUUUGAAGGACGUGUUGAGUUUGCUGGAAUCUCAUCCGUGUUCCCUGAAGACGAUUGGCAUACCACCCAUGUCUGCGAAGAACCAGGGCUACUUUGACUCGGCUGAGGCAUCGGCUAGAGAGGUUGAUGCACAUCAGUUGGUCCCCGAAGACCCACUCUUCCAGAGCCUUCUUGACCUGCUGGCAACAUUCCUCACCAACGAUGUCGAAACCAACCUGGCACUUACCGAGGCAAUCAUCACACUUGGCACGUGCUCUCAGUUACGUCUGGAAGGCUGGCUGUCCGUGGACCCUGCUGACUACCACUUUGAAUACGACAACUCCGAGCCGGAGUCGUUCUCCAACGAAAAUUUGCGGGCUAUGUACAUGGCUGAACGAUUCCCAACUUGGAAUCCUUCGGCCACGCCCCAGUUGCUUACAUGUCUCCAGCAGCUUCAAGCUCAGGUCAAUGCUCUCCGGAGUGAUGUUAAAGAUUGGGAUGAGCAGGUCGCUAACCGCAAGAAUGCUUUCCGUGUGCACCAAGAUAUAGUGGAGGAGUCGAAGAUAUCUACGCCUCAAUCCAAGGCUACCAGGGCUCCCUCGGAAACACCCGCAGGAUCUUGGACGCCGCAAAUACCGAAGCAUGUGCUCGACCCACCGCAGGUGCCGUCACGAGCCCAGUCUCCCAGAGGAAGAAAAGAAGCGCUUUCAGCAUCAAGAAACACGCCUGCAUCAUCUCCUGUGCCUUCGAGAUACGGUGGACAGACACUGGUCGGUUCUCCUGGCCGAGCGUCGUCUCCUCUCCCCGUGCAGCAAGUUGGCACCCUACAGCCAUCACUCAUGUCCGAUGUCGAUGCCAGUAUAGCGCAAAUCAGGAUGAGUCAGUUCGGGAGGAGGCGCAUUCGCUUCCGUCGGGCGGCCGGGUCCAGAGAGGUUGAAGUCAUGUUGUCCAAGUUUCAGCCGCCACCCAAGGAGCCGUCUGACGAUGCCAAGGAUGACGCGGAGGAGACUGAGGAGGAUGAUAUUCGAGAGGCGAGCCUGCUACACAUUGUCACAAACGUGGUAAUUCUUCAAAACUUUGUGCUGGAGCUGGUGGCCUUGAUGCAAGUCCGGGCCAGCCUGUUCAACGAGGUCAGGUUUCUUUAGGGGGGUUGGGCGGGGUGUUUCCGGGUCUGUAGCGAG